AUGGAGCUGACCGGCGAUGGAGCGUACCAACUGAUCAAGCAGGCAUACGGGAUCUGCAAAGAGGAAGGGCUUGAAUACUCGGGGGUAUACUUCUGCUUUAGGCAGUCGGUUUAUGAUACCCAGGAUGAUGAGCAUGGCCGUGACCCGGCCAUGACACUGCUGGCCUAUAUCCGUCGCGGGACUGGAACUUACAGAGGGUGGGUGGGUGUUGCUAGGAAGUUACACGAUCUUCUUCUUGGAGAGGGGGUGUAUGGGGUUUCUGUAGAAAUCGCUGACCCCCGAUUUGAGGACAAUCUGAGUCUUUAUGCGUGCUAUCCUACUGAUAUUAUCUGCCCGGUAUGGAGGGAUCUAGUUCCAGAAAUCAUUGCACAGGUUGAUACGACCGGGGUUAAUACGAUUGGGUGCUUCCGCAUUGGACUCAACGACACUGGCCGGUCAGACUGUGCGCCGACGGUAUUGCUGGGGGUUGAUUACCGAGUACAAAGGGACUGGAAGAGCGUGAGAGAGACAGUCGUCCAUGUCCUGGACCGAUAUAACCUCAGCUCUGUGGCGGUUCUUAUCCGGAAAGACAGUGGGAAGCCCUCCCUCUCGGCAGCAGGGUUCCGGAACCUCGAACGGACAUCGCUUGGACCGGCCGCGUGCCGUCCGGACCCAUCUUUGGGAUCUAGUUUGAGUGCUCAUGGCGUGGAUACGCAAGAUGCGAUGGGGAUGUUCACCCUGGGAGGCUGGGUCGAGCUCAGAAACCCGGAGACUGGGGAGUGGGUUCCUCUUGCGCUGACUUGUUCGCACUGCUGUUUUCCGAGAGAAGAGGGUCUGUCUGCUGCAGAUCGAGAAGUGCUUCGGACGUGGAAGCAAGAAGGAGUCCGCACUGGCGAUCCGAAUGCAGCUCGUCUGCUCUCUAUGGAUGCCCCAUGCUAUCGCGAUAUCACGGCAGGGGUUGACGCGAAGGAGUCGACAAUGGCUAGAAGCAAGGCCGACAAAGUCUACCAAAGAGUUGAGGCGGCCAGGGCGCAAGGCGAGUUUGUUUUGCCCGGUGACAAAGCAAAGUGGAAGACGGCUUCGCGGAUUCUCGAGGCGUUGGAGAAAGAUCGGGAUUCGAUGAAGUCGUUUGUCCAAAACGGCCAGCAUGUCCUUGGAAACGUGUUUGCCGCCUCGGGAAUCCGCGAAGCCCGCUCGACUGACGAUGCGAACAAGUUGUCUGUGCGCGACUGGGCUUUGGUACAGCCAAAGAGUGGCCGCUCAGCCGGGGAUAAUGCUGUAAAUCCGACCCUUGCUGAGACGAAGAAAGUGCACAAGAUAGGCCGGGUAUCAGGCCUCACGCAUGGCUGGUACAGCGCCCUCCAAUCGUGUGUUCUCGAAAACGAAACGAAGGACGGCCAUACGGUUGCGCGUAAGACCUGGGAGCACGUAGUAGCAAAGCCGUCCGGGGUCUUUCUCAAACUUGGCGACUCGGGAUCGCUCCUUUUCAAUGAUAGCGGUGAUGUUUUGGGGAUCUUAUUUGGUGCCUCAGAGAGGGGGGACAUUGCCUACUUUACUGCCACGCGCGACCUGCUCCAGGAUAUCAGGAGCAUUACAGGUGUCCUCGAAAUCCGCAUGAAGCAGGAAUAG